ACAGUAAGCUGUCAAAAGCUUGUUGCUUAAAUCUGUGCAGCGCUACAGUAAAGUAAUGAAGCAACGAGGUCGAAAUAACGAGCUAUAAUUCUACGAACAGAGCGAUAAUUAAAUGAUUUGUUAAACAGACAUUUUGGGAGCACUUGCCAUCUUGUUUUUGUUGACGUUAGUUCACUUGGACUGCAGUGUCGUCUGUCCUAGCUGGUGCGUGAUUGCUGUUUCCUGAAGCGGUUCAUCCUUGAUAGUGAGAUCCCCAGCUUGAAGUUGGUCCGUCUACAUUGCUGGUCUUUGCUUUUUUCAAGGCCAGACUCAAUUAAGCACCCACACAGGAUACCUCAGCUGCAAGUCCUCUGCUACCACUUUGCACAACGUCAGCACCUAAGCCAUAAUAUAAGAGGACAGAGAUAAUGACCUGAGAAUGAAUGAGAAUUAAAUUCCCCUCACUUGUCUGAUAUUUAUGGGCACCAUCAUUUGUGGAAUAUACUCUUGAAUGUGUCACAGAAAAACAUACAUCUGCAGUUGUUUCUUUUUGAUGGGUGAUUUCUCAGUGAUUGACCAGCCAUCUGAUCUUUCUGCUCCAGUUGAUGGAGGACUCACCAAGUUGUUUUAAAAGAGGACUUUGCACAUAGAGCCAACCUACAGCUUUUGGUGUAUUAGGCACAAUAAGAUUAACUUAAAAUAAUUUAUGAUUAUAACCUUUUGGACAUGGCGUUGAACAUGUCUUCAGUAAGAGACACAAAAUGGCUAACUCUGGAAGUCUGUCGACAGUUUCAGCGAGGAAACUGUUCACGUAGUGAUGAGGAAUGCAAAUUUGCUCAUCCACCGAAGAGCUGCCAAGUUGACAAUGGGAGAGUUGUUGCCUGCUUUGACUCCCUGAAGGGCCGAUGCUCGAGAGAAAACUGCAAGUAUCUUCAUCCACCUUCACACUUAAAAACCCAGUUGGAGAUAAAUGGGCGCAACAACCUCAUCCAGCAAAAGACAGCAGCAGCUGUGCUUGCCCAACAGAUGCAGCUCAUGAUGCCAGGACACAGCAUGCAGCCUGUGCCAACAUUUCAUGUUACACAGGGACUGGGCUCAAAUACUGGUCUUAGUUAUGGUUCAUACAUGACACCUUUGAGCCAUGGAAUGAGCCUCAUCCCAACGGACAACCUCUCCAGCACCCAGGUUCUUGUUUCUGGGAGCCCACCCGUCACAGUCCAGAGCUCCUCCUCUUCUUCUUCUUCUUCUUCUCCCUCACAGAAGCUGCAGCGUUCGGACAAACUAGAGGUGUGCCGCGAGUUUCAGCGGGGAAACUGUGCAAGAGGGGAGACAGAUUGCCGCUUUGCUCACCCCAGUGACAGCCCAAUGAUUGACACCACAGAUAACACUGUCACUGUUUGCAUGGACUACAUCAAGAGCCGCUGCUCCAGGGAGAAGUGCAAGUAUUUUCACCCGCCUGCGCAAUUGCAGGCCAAAAUCAAAUCCAGUCAACAGCAAGUCAAUCACACAGCCGUCGCAGCCCAGGCUGCAGCCAUGACUCAGUCGACUGCCAAAGCAAUGAAGCGAUCCCUCGAGGCAACUGUAGACCUGGGCUAUCCCUACAGUGUACCCCUACCAAAGAGACCAGCUUUUGAGAAGAGCAACUGGGCCAGCUCUCUCCUCAGCCCUAGUUUUUUGCACUACCAACAGGCUCUAGCCAACUCACAGCUGCAGCAGCCCGCUGCUGCAUUUUAUCCCACAGGUUCUUUCUUCUGCAUGGCUCCCGCUAACAGCAUUGUCCCCAUGAUGUACAGUGCUACGCCUGCUACUGUCUCUGCAGCAACUACUCCCGCCACAAGUGUCCCCUACGCAGCAACAGCACCAGCCAAUCAGAUCAUCCUCAAGUAACCACCAGUAACAGAAGUCAGUGCCGUGUUGCUGCUGUUAAAGACGCAAAACAGCUGCUCUGUAAAUAUUCUGUUAACACCACACACUAUCUACAACAAUCUCCAUGCUGAUAACAUCACUGAAGAAAAGGUUGUAGACGUUACUCUGAUCUCUCAUAAUAAAUUACAUAGCUCAGUUACUAGGAUUAUACUGUGUUAGAUAAGUGUCACAGAAGAUUAUUUUAUGCACGCACCUUUGCACCUGCAUUAACAUGCAUCCUCAGUAGUGUGCAUAAUAUCCUGGUUUCUAUUUCCUAAUCCAAUUCUGACAAAGGUCAGAGGUGCAUUUAGCCUCUUAAUCAGCUGAAAUGCAGUGCGUCUCCAGUUCACAUAUAGGAGGCUCAAAAGGAAAAGAAUUAAGUUUUCUGAACAAAUCCAACCAGGAAGCACACAGGAAAAACAGGCAGUGCAGGUACAGUAGUAACACCUAAUAUUAACUGAUAUUGAAACACGCUGAAAUGUUGUUCACUGACCAUUUAAAAUGAUGUAAAUAGUACAAGAGGAAGGGAUGAGCAUGAUAGAUCUAAUCUGAAAACAAUACAUGUUAAGACCAGGUGUAAAGGGGUCCUAUAUUGUUUAAAUUGUAUCCUCAACAUAUUGAGCAACAAAUUAUUUUUCCUUUCUUGAAUGUGUUAUGUAAACUGAAAUGAUUUUCACAUUGAUUGUUUUAUCUAGUGCCAGCUUUAAUUAUUUCAAACAAACUAGUAAAACACACUUAUUUUAACUUUGAACUUUGAAUUUUACAUUGUAAAAAUUACGAAAGUUUCCUUUAAAUGUUCUGAGGGUAGACCAUCUAUAUUGUAUAACCUGUCAUCCCCAGAGAACAGGAUCAGUGCUCCACCUCCUGGUGUGCCUUUGCAUUGCAUAUACAGAAUGUUUGCUGCAGAUACUUUUUAUUUAAGGCAGUGAAGCAACAAUGAUUCAAACAUUUAGGUUUUACCCUCUGUAUUAUAAAUUAAAAAAGAAAUCCCAAAUAUUUGGGUUAUCGGUCACAGUGAUGGUCGAUUUGCUGAUGUAUCUGGAAGUGGUUUUCACUGGAGCCAGUUUCACAAAGAUAUACUUUGACUAUGGCUUAGGUCAAACCAAUCAGUCAGUUUUCAGAUGUCUGAAUUAAUAUGCUGCACAGAGAUGUCUAGUUCUUAAGUAUCUUAAGUAGGACUGAUGGCUGACCACAUAACCACCGCAGUCCGCUCAGCAGAACAUGUUUUGAUCCAAAAGUUAGAAGGACAUUGUACUGGGAAGAUUUCCCUCUCAUUUCUCGCUCCGCCAUAUUGUUAGAAACCGACAAAUUAUGAGUCAUGUUUUCCUCCUUUUUGUAGAUUGGUGACACUGGUCAGCAGGUGUCACUCACUGUUACCAUGGAAACACUGGUCAACAGGUGUCUUAACAUAACUCUAUCUUUAUUUCUGUGAGACUAUCUAACUUGCAUCAAAGAAAUCGAAGUGCAAAAUCCGAACGGGCCUUACAUUACAGACCAGUCUAAAAUAUCUUUGUGAAACCAGCUCCUGGUUCAACAUGAACAUUUAGCAAACCAUGUUUUUAACAAGAGCCUCCACAGCCAUUGAAUCAGUAAAGGGUGUUAGAAUUACUACCACUCAAAUUCAAACUAAAGUCCCUGUAAUCCCAUCAGGGAUAAAUUGAGUAGUGUGUGAACUGUCAGUCUUAAUGUUACAGUCUGUUGUCAGUACUGUAUUAUUUGAAUGUUACAAGUGCCUGAAGAAUUGUGCAGAUGAGGAUAUCCCUGCAUAUUUAAAAGGCUUUGUGUGAAAAAUCACUUGAUUAAAUCUACUUUGCUUAAGUCACAUUUAGAGAGAAAUGUUUUGCAAUGCUACGUCAGUGCAUUAAGUCUUUCAAUUCAUUUUCACAGAGGAAAUUUGUAUGUGUGUACUACUUAUAAGAGUUGAUAUCAAACUUAAAUUCAUUUGUUUCAAUUUUAAGAUGAUUAAUGUAUGGCAAUUGUUUCCAAAUUAGUUUCAUGCACAGUACAAUACUUUUAAGGAGGUAGAUGUUUGGUGAAGUUUAGUUGUGUAUGCUUGAUACCACAUUAUGCAAUUACCCGUCUUUGUUUGAAACUGACAGCAGACAGAGUGGGUAUUGUGUCUGGUUAAGUGAAAAACAAAACCGUUUUCACUCAUAUACCUAACAUUCUCUUGAAUACUUUUCAUGUAAGUUUUUAGUUCCCUGUUUUGUAAGCAGCUUGUGCAAAUAUCAACCUUUCCUUUUAAUGUUUCUGAUGUCUUUUCAAAUGACUGAUAUAAGUUUUUGUUUUUUUAUGAAAAUGUGUGUGUACAAUUUUGUGUGAUUAACUCUGACAAUCCACCAAGAGAUAUUUCAUUUGUUCACUUUUUAUUUUUAUUUUUUCUUCAUUUUUUAUGAAAAGUUUGACACAUUAUUGGUUGGAAUAUAAGGAGUAUACUUAGAGUAUACUACUGCAUAUUUUACUAGUUUAACAUUAGAAAAGAAGGCUUUUAAAAUGUAUUCUCUUCUAUUUUAUGAUGAAUGUAAUUUAUUAAACUGACUUUAGCUCUGCUGGAGGUUCCUCAAAGGGCCUUGAUCUGUUGUAUUAGCCUAUGAUAAGCCGUCUUGUGUCAAGGGUUUAAAUGUUGGAGCAAAAACAAAGCUUAAAACAUUUCAUCCCUGUCACUGCCUUGUCACCUGUGAGGGACAACAAACCUUUGUAUGAGCAAGGCAAUAGAAUUGCUUUUAAUGUACAAAAGUUCAUUGUACAGGCCACAUUUUAUGAAAAGUAACUUUCAUAAUAGUGUAAUAAUAGUUUGUCAUUUAAUUGUUUGGAUGUGUUGCUGAGGCAAUCUGAAGUUGCAGUGAUUAAAAACUGUAUUUUUGUAGGGGAUGCUUUGGUUUUUCCUCCUCACAAUAACACAUUAGAUUGUACUGUCAUAUAUUUGACUUUAUUAUGCCAUGGUGAAACACUGUAAGUGAUCCAGUGCAUGAGAAUAUAUUUUGAAAUGUGAAUUUUGUGUUUUAUAUGGUUUUCACUGCAUGUUAACAUCUUGCAGCAAACAUAAUCCACUCUCAGAUAAUCUGCAGUCAGGGGGUCAGCAGUUGAUGCUUCAGCGGCUGUUUGAACCUUCAUUUUCUUUUCAUAAUAUGUUUGCUUUUCAAGUUUAGGUUGUUAUUAGAUAUAUGACAUGUGUUCCCUUAUUUAUUUUACCUGCAAAUAAAAAGGCAUAUAGCCAAAUGUAUGUUUUACACCUUUUGGCAAAAAGCUUGAAUGUCAUGGAUACACCCCCACAUGGAGGUUGUUUGAGAUUUGGGUCACCCAGUCAAAAAGAUGUGGACAGUAAGAAUGUUUGGUCUGACUGACUAAAGCACUUUCUCAACCGUCAGACUGAGAGGACAUGCUUUUUGUAAACUUUGCCUUAUCUUUAAUCUAUUCCUAAGUUUGUAUUUGUUCAGUAACUAAGAAUUUCAUUUUGUCUAAUAAAUAAAAAGCAUUUCACUGAA